AUGCCUCAGCCAUGGGACUACAUAGCGAAAGUCGUCAACAUCGGCGACAGCGGGUGCGGCAAAUCGAGUCUCACGAUCCGCCUAUGCGAGGGGCGCUUCAACCCACAGCACGACGUAACGAUCGGCGUCGAGUUCGGCAGCCGGAUAAUCCCCGUAUCGGCCGAAAAAAAGAUCAAGCUGCAAGUAUGGGACACGGCGGGGCAGGAGAGCUUCCGUGCCAUCACAAAGUCGUACUUCCGCGGGGCGACGGGCGCGCUGCUCGUCUAUGACAUCACGAGGCGCGAGACGUUCGAACACGUCCAGGAGUGGCUCGAUGAGCUCCGCGCCGCCGCGGACCAGAAUAUAUCCAUCAUCCUCGUCGGGAAUAAGUGCGACCUGGCAGAGGCGGAUCCGGGCAAGAGGAAGGUUACCGUGGAGGAGGCCAGGGAGUGGGCGGAGGCUCAUGGGCUCAAGGCGGCGGUCGAGACGAGUGCGAAGACCGGCGAGAGUGUCGAGGAGGCGUUCGUGGACUGUGCUAAGGAGAUCUAUAAGAACAUCGUGGGUGGCGUCUAUGAUCUCAACGAUAAGAGCCAUGGGAUCAAGGCGAACACGGCGAAGACCAGCAUUGGGAUCGACGACCAGGCGAAGCCGCCGAAGGGUGGGUGCUGCUGA